GUGGCAACAUCUGUUUUAGUUUAUAGCUUAGGCGAUCCUUACCAUUCAUCAAUCACUGGUUGGAUCAAGACUGGAUGGAGCUGAAAGUUGAAGGAGAGCUAUGCCUGAGAGGGUUUAGCCCACACCAAGUGUCCUAUCUACCCUCUCUGAACUGUGUCCUAGUGUCUGAUGGGAGAGGAGCCUUCAGAUGUGUAGAUAUUGCACCAGAGAUCACCGUACCUGACGUUUCACCUCAUGUCCUCUGUGAUGUUGACCAGACCACCUCCAAACUGGUGGUGGUGUGUGGGAACAAACUGUCCGCCAGGCUGGCCCAUGCUGGAGCACUGCAACUCAGGACCAUGUUGCAGACUCCUGUUAAAUCAAUGCAGGAAGAGGUCACUGUUGAGCUGCCAUUAUCAGCGGUGGCCAGUUCCCAAGGUGAUGGCAGAAGCUGGCUUUUAUCAAACGGUGAGUGGUCAAUGCAAGCUACCCUGAUUCCCGUUCCCAUUCCCAAAGCCUCGUGACAUAGUGUACAGUUUUUUAACUAGAUACCAGCAUCAACCACGGUGGGACUGCAGGUGGGGACAGAGUGACCUGUUUCUGUUGCCGUGUCUACCUGUACAGCUGGGAGCCUACUGACGAACCAUUGUGAGAAUACAUGCAUGCAGUCACUCUUUUAGUAGCAAGGUCACUCCUGCCUGUAUCUUCAUACUGUACCACCAUUGGGCAGUUGAGAACCUCUGAAUAAAGGACACUUUAGAAGUUUCCUAUUUCCAUCAGCUGUAUUAACACAUGACCGAACUGCCAGGUCCGAGCACAUCUACAGUGCCGCUUUUUGAGAGGGGAGCACAUGACCAAUGUACCUAUGGCUAUCACCGAGUCCUCCCAUCCCGAAUUGGAAUGUCCCCAUAGCUUGGAUCUGUACUAUGAACACGCUCAUCUUGAUCUGACAGAGGACCACGUCUCGAUAUACCUGGACAUGGCCGUUCCUCUAACCUCAGACAGCAGCCCCUCAUCAUCACACUCGCAGGACGAAGACGCCACCUCUCAACAGGCCACUGUGCCAUUGUUAGUAGACACACCAGCUCCACCUGAUCCACUGCCAGAGCAUGUUAAAGAUGUUGAACAGUCAAUGAAAAUUGAUCCUACUUUUGCAAGCUCAUCGAUCAUCGUAUACCUUAAGGAAGCAGCAAUGUAGGGUUUCAUGACCACGGUGGCAUCAUAGAUAGAGGAGAAGGGGAUUGGCAACGGAAGUGGUUCACGUGAUGCUUCUACAAUGAAGUCUAUGUAGAGCUCAGAAACAAUCCUUGUUUCGCUUUCUUUCCCGGGAAACUUAUUGAGUCUAAUCAUAGUCAAUGCUAGUUGGGCGGAGCCCGACCGUCCCUGACGGGAGGUCAGGUUUCAAGCCUAUGUCAGGGUUUGUCUUGCUGAAUUAUGUAACACGCUGAUAAGCAGCUAUGAAUAAUCAUUUUAUUCUAUGAAUAUUAUUAUUCUGAAGUGGUGUUAACCUUAUUUGAGGUUGCGCAACCGGACGUGACAAAGACCACAGUAGAAAUGCUGCAAUCUGAUUGGGCUGCAACUAUAGUUGCAGCAAAGACAAAUCCUGACAUAGGCUUAAAAACCCUACCUCCCGUCAGGGACGGUCGGGCUCCGCCCAACUAAGUCAAUGCAUGUGUAUCAAAGACCCCUCUAACACUUAAACAAAUGCCCCCUGGUGGUGAGUAUCAUUUGGAAACUAAUUUUGAUUGUCUUGAAGUAGCUAGUCUAACACAGAGCGAUUUUUCAUGCUUGUGUUAGUUUAGCUACUAUGAUAUACAUUGUAACUAUAGGUUCUGUCACUAAGUAGUGUGCUGUGUCCCAAAUGGCCACAAGUAGUUGAUGAAGUUGAUGUCUAUAGCAGCAGAACUGCUCGUGGACUUUUUACAGACAGCAAAAACAAUUCUCAUGAAUUAUUCAUGUUAGACCCCCACGUUGGAGGUAAGCCUCGAUUAAAACCGCGGGGAAACACGGAUGAUACUUCGAGGGUACAUUGUUUCCAAUAUCCCUUUCUCCUCUAUCUAUGGUGGCAUACAGGGGGAACAUCGACAGAGAUAUUGUUGUAACAGAGAUAUUGUUGCAGCAAAUAGUAAGAUCUCCAUUGACAAGGCUAUAAUAUAAUUAUACAGUACAUUCUGAGUGGGUUACCAUGCAUAUACGGGUUUCAAAUGCGACGUUCUUUCGAUUGCGAAUUGCACAUUUCUCAAUCGAAAGAAACGCGGAGAGUGAGCGUUCGCAUGCAAUUCACAACAGUUAGAAACGCAAUCAGGCUUAUUCGCAAUCAAUUAAACUCGAAACCCGAUAUAAUUAUGGUGGCAGCUGCAUAUCACAUGCAAGGAUUCGGUAGAUGUACGUGUAGGAUGUCUUUUAAAAUUAUAUUAGUGGUCCAUGGUUAUCAUUACAGGAAAGGUUUCGUGACCAUUGUGGCAUACAUGCAGGGGAACAUCUCUAAGACUUCGACAUUUUGCAUAUAAAAAACAGCCUCGAUCCAGGCUGAGAGAAAAGAGUGAAAGAAAAGUCAGUAUCUGGUGCAAAUCUAAGCUCCUUGCAUUCACUAACACAGUACGGAUUGGUGCAUAGCCCUAUUGUUUUACAUAUAGCCACCCAUUUUUCCCCACUUGGUUUGCUGAACUAUAUAGUUGUACCAAGGGUGUAUACAUGCAACAGCAAAAGAGCAAGAGUUCAAAUGUGAGUAGAUGAAUGUGCAUGAAAUGCUAAAAAUAGAAAUUUCUUUUUUUAGCACUUCAUGCAAAUUCACACAUUCAUCUGCCCACAUUUUAAUUCUGCUAGCUUAGAUAGUCUCUUCUUUUAUACGCCGUAGCUAUAGCUUGGUUGUACAUAAUAAGAUCUCCAUGCAUUGACAAUGCUAUAGUACAGUGGUUUACAGGGUUAUGGCAGCUGCAUGUUUGGUAGAAUGUCUUCACAACAUUAAAACCCCCUCUAAACUGUGGUCCAAGGUUAUCAUUACAGGCAUGGUUUUGUGACCAUUAUGGCUGGCAUACAGGGAAACAUGAUCCUGAAGUUUGUCACUGCAUAGUCCACCUACAAGCCAGAGGAGGUCCGACAGGCGCGGUGCAGCUCAAGUAAUUAGCCUCUAAUUACAUCAACCAAAAAGAUACGACGUGGGCGGAUAAUCAAAGGCUAAUUGCUUGAGCUGCACCUCCCGCGCCCGUCGUACCUCCUCUGCUGCCUACAAGCUAUGUAGUCACCAUAGUCACCAAUUAUCUCAUGCCAUGCACAGUACUUUACCCACUGUUGUAUAAAUUAUUAUGAGAGGUGAAUAGUGCCAAAUUGAUGUUUAGUUGGUGGCGGCGGCAGUGUUUAGUUGGUGAUGGCGGCUGAGCCUCGAAUAUGUUACUGUAGCCGUGAAUAAGAUGAGGUUGGAACCAUUUGACCUUAGUUAAUGAAGGUCACUAUUUGAAACUUCUCUCGCAGACUAGUUUUUAGUAUCUGUAAGGGGGACGGUAGUUAAAUUUAUACAAAUUAGUGCUCUUGUUUUACCAGGCAGUUGCUGGCUCUUGUACUAACCUCAAUAUUAGGCCGCUCAUGGUAUCGAGGCUAGCACAGGAGCACUUUUAGCUAAGGUCAGAGCUAAGGUCAAGUUGUUCCAACCUUAUUUAUUGAACGCCACCAACUAAACACUGCUGCCUCCUAAUACAGAUCAUAAAGCCACAUUUUGGCAAUAUUCACCCCUCGUAUAUAGUUUUGGUUGGUUAGAGAGAUAUUUGUUAUUUAUGCACAUGCAUGAUUCUGGGAAAUCUCCAGAACUUUGAGGGUGCAUGUCGACAAUAUAGUACAGUGGUUUGUAUGUAUGCAUGCAUGGUUUCAUAGGGUUAUGGCAGCUGCAUGUGAUGUCACAUGUAAGGUUUGGUGGCCAUUUAUAGAUUCACCAUUAUUUUUUUGACCAUGCACCUGUCAAGCUAACUGCAUGACUUGUAGUACUAAUUAUGGUGUUAUAAAAUGUGUCGCUGAAAAAUUAAAUCAGCUCCAAUUAUGUAUGCAUGGCAUGGUGCAAGAUUGCCAUAUACAGGGAUUAGCAGCUGUUAGGGUUUCGUAACCAUGCAUUGUGGCAUGCAUGGAUGAUGCAUGCAGGGGGACGUCUCCAAGGCUUGACAUUUUGCAUACAAAAAUUAGCCUCGAUCCAGGCUAGAAAGAGAAGAAUUAGUGCAAAUCAUUGCCUCUAUAAUUAUACAGAGCUUCUUGUUCACUAUAAUUAUCAUGGUCCUGUAAAUCAUGGCCUAGUCAUACAGGGGGGGGGGGGGAAGGGGGGAUAUCCUCCCUAGCUCCAAUUUCCCCCCUUUCAAGUACUAGUUGUAUGACUGGGUGUCCAUAGCUAUAGCUGGAUAUUGAAAUACCAGUUGACCUUUUUUUUAGCAACAUUUUCUGCUAACUUUUCUCAUUUCCCCCCUCUACUUAAAAAUCCUGUAUGACACCCUGAUAGCUAUAUAUUACGUGUGUUCAUUAGCUCUUUUAAAUUUGUUGUAAUUAGCCCCUUGCAUGUAUGCUAUCCGGCAUCAUUUUAAACAGGUUGUGAAACCAUAGUAAGUUCAAAAAUGCAAAUUGCGUAAAUCUGCCUUCAGCUGAAAUAAUUCAAUGAUAAUUAUUAUUGUCCAACUCCUUUUCAGAGCGACAAGAAUCUUUCCUAGAGUGUUACUCUAUAUACGAUUGCGAAUAACUGUACAAACCUGAUUGUGUUUAUUGCGAAUUGCAUGCUUACUCUUUGCGUUUCUUUUGAUUGCGAAAAUUCGCAAUUCGCAAUCGAAAGAACGUCGCAUCGAUAUACGUUAGGUGAAUUCUAUGGGAAUGAAUAUAGGGGGCAUGAUUUAUACCCUCCUGCAUGCAGGCAUACACAUCGACAAGUUACAACAUUAAAGGCCCAUAUAACAACUCAAACACAAUAGUGAUUACAAAGUUUUCUACAGUUCUUCUCUUUGCAUAGGCGGACUGGAUAAAUAUUUCAAGCACUUUCUUGUGAGUAGUUCCUGUAUGUGUUCGCGCUGAUGCUCAUCAAGAGCAGGUGCAGCCACUCCAUCUGCCACUAGGGGAUGAAGUUUACUGUAAACCACAUCUUCAGCAAUUUGUUCGUCUGCAUAGAAUUCUCUGAGCGAUUGCAAAAGAUAACGUUUUCGAGGAUUACGUAGAUCAUUUCCAAGGGAUAUUUUAAGGCGCAUAUCCAUCGCCGUGUAGUAUCUAAUAAAUUGAAUAAUCGAUCUCUUUCUGUGAUUAUCAGAAUUAUCCCAACGAGCCUUAUUGACAACAAGAGCAUCUGUGAAAAUAAUUGUGUGAUGAUCAUCGCCCAUUAUUGGGCUUACAGCAUCGUAAGGAUCCAAGGAAUCAUCGAAUGUUAGCAACUCACCGAGAAUUUCAGAAAAACCAAGAAGAAACACACUCUUCUUACCAGCAAUGUCUUUCUUAAUGUUUUCUGAACUCGCAAUGUAACUUCCAGGAAAAUUUUGAGAGCAUUUAUUUUUUAUUUUUUAUUUUCCAGUGCAAUAAUAGGCAAAAGUAGAUAAUUUGUUGCAUGUACGUCGAUCAAUCACUCCCACUUCUAAUUCCGCCAAUGCAAGUCUAAGCAAUUUUGGAUUAUGACUAUCAAUCCAGGCAUCCAAAUAGUAAAAUGGCAGAUACCAUCCCUCUUUAUCCGAAAUUUUUCCAGCAUAGAGCCGCUCAUAAGUGUUAGUCACCAGAUUGUCUUUACAAAUCUCAAGUUCUUGUUCGAAACCACUGUAACCAUUGUUUUCUAUAGCGCCAGACAAAUCACAAGUCGAUUGAGAACCAGGACUCAAAGCAAUUAGGAAAUUACCGCAAGCAUACGUUGGAACUCCGUACAUAACACCGCUAACUGAGACUGCAUCAACUGUAGCUUUGAUAAAUCUUUGCGUGUCAAUGCCAACCACCAUAUGCAUUGGAGUAAUAAGUUUAUUGCUAACUAGACCGGCAAUAUUUACAGUAUCGAUUUCUAUCAGAUCAAAACCGUCUUCCUGUAGGUACUGUGAUAGGUUUAAAUAUGGGUCGUAUUCGUCUGUGCUUACAAUGGCAUUGACUGAAUGGUCGUCAGUUGAGAAUCCCCUCUCCACCAUGUCUUUCAAUGAUUUGAGUCCGUCAUCGUUGAGAUCAGGAAUGCUGUUGUAUAAACCAACUUUCAGCUCAAUCUGGCUAACAACACAAUGUGCAAACACGCACACUACAAGUAGAACAAAAUCUAGCUUCAUUCUCUACCGAUGACAAACAGUGAGUCCGGCUCUAGCGCGAGAGCACAAAUACCAGCAAGUGAACUGAUUAAAAAUACCAAGGGCUUAUAAAGGGAAGAGUGCAUGCAACUGCUUGCGAGCAAAAACCAGUGGGUGGUACAAAAGUGUAGGAAUGUUUGAUUGUAUAGGAUUUCUAUGCUUACGACCGUAUAGCUGGGAAUUUUCGUGGGGUAAAGUAUUCAUGGUUUUCGUGGUUGAAGCUCUAACAACGAAUAUUUUACCCACGAAUGAAGCGACCUUGCCUGCAGUAACCACGAAAAUAUUAUCUACAAAGUGACUAAAUAUUGCUCGACUACGAAUGUUUUGCCCCCCCCCCCCCGAAAAUUACCCGCUAUACGGUACUGUUUAACCAGCGCUCAACAUUUUGUGUGGGUGUUUGUGAAUUUAAGCCGGGAUUAGUGCAGCCCUGUGCUUUUUUAUUUUAUUUAGUCACCAAUUGUCUCAGCCAUGGUACUUGGCUAUAUGAUGCGAUUUAGGUGUAGCAUAUAUCUAACCAUUUUCUUGGAAUCACUCAAUUCAACUCCCACUCCCCCCCACACACACCUCAUGUAGGAGGUGCUGACACAGUUGACGUCUCGUCUGGCAAGUCAACUCAACGAUCUGACCAUCCAAGUGGUGAAGGAAGACCUCACCCUACCCUCCAUGCCUCUCAGCAGGGGGUCCACUUCCAGUCCCAAUUACAGUGCAUCCAGAGUAGAUUACUGGGUGGCUGUACUUAAAUAAGAAAUAUUUCGCCUAAUUCCUAAUUUUUACUUGAUGCAUUCACAUUAGUCUGAAUUUCUUCUAGGCAGACUGGAGGAAGUGAGGCAAAACCACCCUCAAUUCACUCCUCAGGUACAGUGUGUACUUACAUGACCACGGUAUCAGGUGUGCACUGUCUGCUGCUGAUGUCAUCAAAAUAGUAAAGUUUGUAGCUUUUCAGUGUUAUCUCAGCAAUGGAAUAUAAGCAUAUAGGAUGUUCUUGGUAUCAAAGUGUAGCCCAUUUAUCUGUAAACUUAUUACAGAAAUUUGAAAGCUAAGCUAUUAAUUUUUCAGAAGUUAUUACUCUAACCAAAAGUAUACCUAAAAACCAGUAAAUCAUGAAUUAUAUACACUGUGAGAUAAUAAUUAUAAGACCCAUGAAGGAUAGCCAGGAUACCUAAACCAUUGAACAAUUAUCUUAUGAAGUCUGAGACCUUAGCUGUUUAAGGUUAGUGUUUUAUUACUCUAACCAAUUACCCACUACAACAAUUUACUAUUAAUCUCCCCAAAUGUUUUCAUGGACAUUUUUUGGGAUAUGUUGUAGCUUAUUCAUUCACCUACACAAUGGUAUCAGAACCAUUUCUUCUAAUCAAAACAUAUCAACAUUUAAGUACAGCCACUCACACAUUUGUAGUAAUCUACUCUGGAUGCACUGUACACUACCCCCCACUGAUGGUAAACCCCUACAGCGGCUCAUGUAGGACAGGGUAAAUCCCCUACACCACUUACAACAUUUCAUGUGUUCAUAAACAUUCCUUUCCAUCAACUUUGGAAGCUAGUUUUUAAUUGUUUUGUUCAACAUAAUACUGUUUCUUUCAUGGAUAUAUCAAUUUAUACAAUCAUGUAUAUACGUUUAUAUUUAUGGUUUAUAUAUGUUUUAUAAGA